AUGCGUUGUGCAGUGCUGCUAUUGGUAGUAGUUAUAGCUCUGACGAGCGGCAGCAGAACAGUUCGAGGAGAAUGCUGUCAUCCAACGUACAUACAAUGGUCCGCAGACAGCUGUUGGCCGUUCGAACAUCAGUCCCACGUGGCUGACAACAUUGAGAAAGAUCUCGUUGCCAGCAUGAUGUUGCCGACGCGCUGUGAAACGAGGGUGUGUAACGAUGGACGCGUUCACCCAGGCGCGUACUGUGGCAGAGGAAGAUGUAACCUGCUCGGCUGCGAUUGUAAAGGUGGAUGCAUUCCUGGUGAUCCGGUGCUCAAUUUUAGACGAUUGAACGAUAUACCAGACGCCGCCGCUGGAUCACGGUCGGAUCUUGCCACAAAUGGACGUUCCAAACGUUCGAAAGUCUUCAAGGACAGCCGAGCCGCUUCUAAGAUUGUGCACGCGGCUUACGAUGGCUAUAAAGAGGGUAAGCUUAGUGGCGAUCAAAGUCGUCGCGAUGCUGAACGUGCGCGCAACAAUGCCAUGACAACAGCAAAGCCGACCACACCGAGCUACGUCCAGCGCGCGCACGACAAAUACAAGCCCAAAUGGACAUAG